AUGUGGCUGUUCAAGUGUCAGUGUCCGAGCGCCUGGACGGGCCAGGUUUGUCAGAAGCCGCUCGACCCGUGCGGCUCCCGGGCGACCGGGGCGCGGCUGUGCGGCGCCGGCUUCACGUGCUCACGGAACCCCGAGUCGGUGGCAGGCUACCGCUGCAACUGCCGCAACCACCCCGGAUACGCCGCAAAGUCAGCCUCUGAUCCUCGCUGCAUCAUCAAGGACCGGUGUAAGGCGAAGCCGCCGUGUCAGAACGGCGGCACGUGCACCCCAUCGGCUGAGUCAGGCCGCGAGUACACGUGCACGUGCAGUCCGGCGUGGCGCGGCCGGCACUGCGAGGAGCCCAACGACCCGUGCACCACCGCCCUCAACAGGUGUGGAACUGGCUGGAAGUGCCGCCGGGACCCGACACACGCCUCCGGGCAUCGCUGCGGCUGCAGCUCCAAACCCGGCUGGACCAUGAAAUCAGACACCGACCCCUCCUGUGUGGUGGCCGACGCGUGUGCCGCCCGGCGGCCCUGUCAGAACGGCGCCACCUGCCGCCGGCGACCCGGCACCUCGUUCAGCUGUCUGUGCCCUCCGGCGUGGAGCGGUCGACUGUGUCAGCUGGCGCGCGACCCGUGCCCCAGCCAGAGGGAUGUGUGCGGCGCAGGGUUCAACUGCACGCGCAGCGAGGCCAGUCCGGCGGGAUUCACCUGCCAGUGCCGCCGCCGGCCCGGCUGGGCCCGAAUUUCAGCGAGUAAUCCGCAGUGUCACAUCCAGGACAUUUGUCAGGCGGACAACCCGUGCGCCAACGGCGGCACGUGCACCUCCCGCGGCGGCACGGCGUUCGAGUGCGCCUGUCCACCAGCCUGGCAGGGCGAGCGGUGCACUGAGGAGAGGAACCCGUGCUCGGCCGGCGCCACCCUCUGUCAGCCGAGCUUCGCAUGCUCCCGAGACGCCAACGCUACUCUGGGCUACGUGUGCGACUGCAGCAAACCCGGCUGGCGACCGCUCUCAGCCAGCAACCCACGCUGUGUCGUGGCAGACGUCUGUCUGGCUCGCCGACCGUGCCUUAACGGCGGCACGUGCUCGCCACGUGACCUGGGUCAGUACACGUGCCGCUGCGGGCCGGCCUGGAGCGGCGACACGUGUCAGCUGCCACGGAACCCGUGCACCGAGGGGCAGCUGUGCGGUGUGGGCUUUCUCUGCAGCCGUGACGCAGCCUCGCCGGCUGGGUACGCCUGCAACUGUCGGCACAGACCCGGCUGGGGUGCCAAAUCCGACUCUGAGCCCGGCUGUGUGGUGGUGGACCACUGCGUGGCCAGCUCUCCGUGUGAAAACGGUGGUACGUGCAGCCCGCACCCCGGCGGCUACAACUGCAGCUGCCCCGGCGCCUGGUCGGGCCCGCAGUGCGCCCAUCCGGCCGACCCGUGCACCACAGACAGCACCACCGCACUGUGUGGAGCAUCACACUGGAACUGUGUCCGAGACGCCAACAGCUCGGUCGGCUACAACUGCUCGUGCGAGGAGCGACCCGGCUGGGCGGCCAUCUCCGAAUCGGAGCCUCGCUGUCGCGUGGUGGACCCGUGUCUGGCCCGCCAGCCGUGUCAAAAUGGCGGUACAUGCAGCUGGAGCCGCGCCACGGGCACCGUGUGCCAGUGUCCUCCGGCCUGGCAGGGCGCCGCCUGUGACCAGGAGGCCGACCCGUGCAAGGUCGAGCCCGCUCUGUGCGGUAAGCGCGGCAACUGUUCUCGGGACGCCUCCUCGCCAGUGGGGUUCAGCUGCGGCUGUAACGUCACCGUCGGCUACAGCCCCAUCUCCCGGCGCGACCCACGCUGUCGGAUCAGUGACAUCUGCCAGGCACGGUCGCCCUGUCUGCACGGGGGCUCGUGUAGGCUGGCCGGUGACUCGGGCAUGGAGUUCGUCUGUCGCUGCACUCCGCCGUGGCAGGGCGUGCGCUGCCAACUGCCCCGAGACCCCUGCAGGAAGGGAGGAGGACAGGAGUGCGCCCCCUUCCCCUGCCGCAGGGACGAGAAAAGAAAGAGGGGAUUCAGGUGUCUUUGUAACAAACUCGGCUAUAAAGAAGGGUCAGACUCGAAGCCGGCCUGUGUCGUCUCGGACGUCUGUCUUGCCAAACAGCCGUGCAAGAACCGCGGCACGUGCACUGUGGUGCAGAACCGAGCUGUGUGCUCGUGUACGGCGGCCUGGCGGGGCGACUUCUGCCAGCUGCCGGCCCAGCCGUGCGGCGGCCAGGCGGACCCCUGUGGGGAGGACUUCCGCUGCAGCCGCGAGUCGGAAGCCCUGGCCGGGUUCAGCUGUAACUGUCACCGCAAACCGGGCUGGACGGCCAAAUCCGAGAAGGACCCACGCUGCGUGGUUCAAGAGCCGUGCCUCGCCCUGCGCCCGUGUAAGAACGGCGGUACGUGUCAGGUGACGGCCACCGGCUGGAGCUGCUCCUGUCCUCCCGCCUGGCAGGGCGAGCGGUGCCGUCAGCCGCGCGACCCCUGCCUCCAGAAGCCUCCCGUGUGUGGGGACAAGCGCUGGGGCUGCCGGCGGGCGCCCGACAAACCGGCCGGAUUCGUCUGCGACUGCAACGCCAAGGGAUGGGGGCCCAAGAGUGCCAGCCGUCCUCAGUGUGUCGUGGUCGACGCGUGUCUGGCCGAGAACCCGUGUCACAACGGUGGUACCUGCUCCGGUGGAACGGGCGGCCUGCCCACGCAGUGCCAAUGCAGCCCCGCCUGGACCGGCAAAAGGUGCACCCGCCCGAACGACCCGUGCGCCGGCCAGAAACCGUGUGGGAAGGCGUGGCAGUGCACGCGCGACCCGCUUUCCCCGGCCGGCUACAGCUGCGGCUGCGACGCCCGGCCGGGAUACAAACCCGCCUCAGAGUCGGAUCCGCACUGUAUCGUUUCUGACAUGUGUCUGGCCCACCGUCCGUGCCACCACGGCGGCACGUGCACGGCCGGUGGCGGCAAGUCGUUCUCCUGUCGCUGCCCGGGUGCCUGGUCGGGCUCGCGCUGUCAGAAUCCGGCCGAUCCGUGCUCCAAGGGUCAGCCGUGUGGCGCCGGGUGGACCUGCGCCCGCGACACAUCCUCCAAGGCAGGCUUCAACUGCGGCUGCGACAAGAAGCCGGGAUAUAUGGCGAAGUCAGCCAACGAUCCCGUGUGCCGUGUGGCGGACGUGUGUCUGGCCCGUGAGCCGUGUCAGAACGGCGCCACCUGUCAGCCGAUGGAAGGGGACCAGUUCAAGUGUCUGUGCCGACCGGCCUGGACCGGCACCCUAUGUACCGAGGUACACGACCCGUGCAGCGACGGCGGCGACACGUGCGGCGAAGGCUGGAACUGCUCCCGCGACUCGGCAGCUGUUGCGGGCUACACCUGCGGAUGUGACGGGAAGCCCGGCUGGAAGCCAAAGUCAGCCAAGAACCCGGUGUGCGUCAUUUCGGACAUCUGUCUGGCGCGGACCGUGUGUAAGAACGGCGGCAAGUGCCACACCACGGGGGGCGGUGGCACAGAGUUCCGCUGCACGUGCCCGCCGGCCUGGGGCGGCGCCACGUGCUCGGACGAGCGCGACCCGUGUCAGGAGGAGAGUCCGUGCGGCCGGUUUGGCUGCGAGCGAGACGCCAACACCACCCAGCCGGGAUACCGGUGCAAGUGUUCCGAGCGGCCCGGCUACCGACCCAUCUCAGCUACCAACCGCACCUGUGAGCUGUGGAACGUGUGUGCCAUCCGCAACCACUGCAGCAACGGCGGCGUGUGCUCGCCGGCCUCCCGGCGCCGGUUCCGCUGCCGGUGUCCGCCGGCCUGGCGCGGCCCCCGCUGCCGGCAGCCGGCCGACCCGUGUCUGACCGGCGGCGCCCAGGUGUGCGGCUCCUUCACCUGCGAGAGGGACCCCGGCGCCAAGGUGGGCUACACGUGCCACUGUGAGCGCCAGGCCGGAUACAAGGCCCAGUCGGCCUCCAAGCCGGGCUGUGUGGAGUCGGACGCGUGCCUGGCUCGCCAACCGUGUACGAACGGAGGCACAUGUCGCACGGAUGACAGCAAGGAGGGGUUCAGCUGCGCGUGCCCUCCGGCGUGGCGCGGCGCUACGUGCGCGGAUCCGGCCGACCCGUGCCGUAAUGCCAGCGCGGUGGUGUGCGCUCGAGGCUGGCGCUGCUCCCGGGAUACGGACAGUGUGGUCGGAUACAACUGCGGCUGUGACGCCCACGCCGGCUGGAACGCCACCUCAGCCUCGGACCCUAAGUGCGCCGUCUCGGACAUGUGUCUGGCGGCCCGGGACGUAUGCCACCACGGCGGCACGUGUACUUCACUCGGUGGCCGCCAGUACCGCUGCGACUGUCACCCGGCCUGGAGGGGCAAACGGUGCUCGUUCCCCAGCGACCCGUGCGCCUCCGAUUCGCUGGAUAAGCCGUGUGGAGCCAAAUGGAAGUGCAGCAGAGAUCCAUCAAAACAGCUGGGAUAUAACUGCAGCUGUACCAGCAAGCCGGGAUGGAGAGCCACGUCCAAGUCCGACCCGCGCUGCGUCAUCUACGACCGCUGUCUGGCCGAGAAGCCGUGUCUGAACGGCGGCUCGUGCUCACCACGUCCCGGCGGCGGGUUUGUGUGCGCAUGCCGGCCCGCCUGGUCGGGUGUGCGCUGCGCCGAGCCCCGCGACCCGUGCGACGCCGAGGAACAGAUGUGUGGCAAGGAGUGGCGCUGCGAGAGGGAUCCCAACGUGACGCUGGGCUUCAGCUGCGGCUGCGGCAGCAAGCCCGGCUGGAGGCCGGCCGGCGGCAGCGACCCUCGCUGCACCGUGUCGGACAUUUGUCUGGCCAAGUCUCCCUGUCAGAACGGUGGCACAUGUCAAACCCACGGAGAAGGAAAUUACACAUGCAGCUGCUCGCCAGCGUGGGUAGGGAAGGACUGCACGGAGCCCCAGUUCCCCUGUGCUGAACAGCCCAAUCCCUGCGGGGGAGACUGGCCCUGUCAGCGGGAACCGGAGUCAGAGGCCGGCCUCAGCUGCAACUGUCACACCAAGCCGGGAUACGUCGCCAAAUCAGACAAAGAGCCACAGUGCAUCAUCAGUGACGUCUGCCAAGCCCUGUCUCCUUGUAAGAACGGCGGCACAUGUCAGCUGAAGGGGAACGGUACAGAGUACGGAUGUCAGUGCCUGCCUGCCUGGACGGGAGAGGACUGCGAGCGCGAGGAGAACCCGUGUGACCGGGACACGCACCUCUGCGGGCCCGGCUGGCAGUGCGGCAGGAACCCCAACAAGCCGGUGGGGUACACGUGCGGCUGCAACUCGCGGCCCGGCUGGAGGGCCGUCUCAGACAGCGACCCACGGUGUGAGGUCAGCGACGCGUGUCUGGCCGAGAGGCCGUGCCAGAACGGCGGCGUGUGCACCAGCCGGGCCGACCAGGGGUACAGCUGCAAAUGUCCUCCUGCGUGGCGGGGACGCAACUGCACCGGCCCGGCGCAGCCCUGCGAGGAUGGCGAGGUGGACUGCGGAGACGGGUUCCAGUGUUCGAGAAAUGUCUCCUCACCGGUCGGCUACAGCUGCAACUGUGCCGACAAACCCGGCUGGAAACAACAUUCAGCACACUCGCCGCGCUGUGUGCUGUUCGAUGCCUGUCUGGCCGGCCAGCCAUGUGAGAACGGCGGCACCUGCACCCCCGCGCCGGCCGGAGCCUACACCUGUAAAUGUACGGCCGCCUGGACGGGCACCAACUGCAGCCAGCCCAACGACAUCUGCGCCACAGGGGCCUCACGGUGCGGCGCCGAGUGGACGUGUGAGCGGGACACCAGUCGGCCGUCCGGCUACAACUGUGGCUGCGACAAAAAGCCCGGCUGGAAAAGCAUCUCUGCCAGCGAGCCCCAGUGCCAGGUGGCCGAUCCGUGCAUAGCUCUCCAGCCGUGCCGAAACGGCGCCACGUGUCUGGCCACGGCCAGCGACACGUACCGGUGCACAUGCCACCCUGCGUGGACGGGCGCCACGUGCGACCAGCCGCUGGACCCGUGCACGCCGGCGGCUCCGUGCGGUGCCGGGUUCCAGUGCAGUCGCGACCCGACCUCUCCGGCUGGCUACACGUGCGGGUGCGACGCCCGGCCCGGCUGGGGAGUCACCUCAGAUGAGGACCCCCACUGCGCCGUGCAGGAUCAGUGUCUGGCCAACAGUCCGUGCCAGAACGGCGGCACGUGUGUGCAGGGCUCGGCCCACCACUACCAGUGCGAGUGUCCUCACGCGUGGGGCGGUACGAGCUGCGAGCUGCCGCGGGACCCGUGUGAGACUCAGCGGAUCGUGUGCGGGGCCGGGCGGACGUGCUCCCGCGACCCGGCAUCAGUCGCAGGGUACAGCUGCAACUGUCACACCACGCCCGGAUGGAAGGCCAAUUCAGACGAGGAUCCCACUUGUGUGGUGGACGACGUAUGUCUGGCUCGCUCGCCGUGCCUCAAUGACGGCGUGUGCACCAGCCUGGAGGGAGGUCAGUUCAAGUGCUCGUGCCGCGGUCUGUGGCGCGGGGCCACAUGCUCCGAGCCCCGACAUCCCUGCCGCGAGAAGGCGCUCUGCGGAAAACGGUUCGCCUGUCAGCUGGCACCGCACUCCCUGGCCGGCUACACGUGCAACUGCGAUGCCGUGCCCGGAUACGGGCCAAAGUCCGAGUCGGACCCGCAGUGCGUGGUGACCGACGUGUGUCUGCAGCGGUCGCCCUGUCAGAACGGCGGCUCCUGUACGAGCCUGCCGCACCUGGGCUACAGCUGCUCCUGCACUCCCGCCUGGACGGGCAAGGAGUGUAAUAUGCCGGCGAACCCGUGCGAGGGGACCACGGAGGACCUCUGCGGCGGCCCGAAAACGGUCGGCAGCUGCCAGCGGAACCCCAACAGCGCGCUGGGCUUCUCGUGCGGCUGCUCAAAGACACCCGGAUGGGAGGCCAAGUCAGACACCGACCCGCACUGCAUCGUUACGGACCAGUGCCUGGCCAAACGGCCGUGUAAGAACGGCGCCACGUGUGUCUCCCAGGAACGUGCCGGAUAUACGUGCACGUGCCCUCCGGCGUGGACGGGCACGACGUGCGAGGAGCCCUCCAGUCCCUGCUCCGACAGCAAUGAUCUGUGUGGUGAGGAGUUCACGUGCGCUCGUGACCCGGACUCGGAGCUGGGAUACAGCUGCGGCUGCGACGCCAAGCCAGGCUACGAGCGGGUGUCAGAUUCCAGCCCUCGCUGCCACAUGGUGGACGCGUGCCUCGCCCUGCAGCCGUGUCAAAACGGCGCCACCUGCCUAUCCGCGGGCGAGGGCCAGUUCAACUGCAGCUGCGCUGUCGGCUGGGGCGGACCGACGUGCACUCAGCAGCUGGAAACCGCCGAGGCCGGGACCGGCUGUGACCCCGCCGACCCCGACUGUAACAACUCGGUCGGGGUACCCUCGUCGGGGAAGAUACGCAUCGAGAUCGACACCGAGACCGUUCUGAGCCGAGGAAACGGCUCGACUGCGAGUGAAGAGCCUCCGACGGAGUCAGAGUCAUCUCCAUCGCCGUCUCCGUCGCCUGCAGCACCGUCUCCGUCACCUGCAGUACCGUCAACCCCACCUCCAGUUCCGUCACCACCGUCUUCAACACAAUCUCCGUCAUCUUCACGAAAACCAUCUCCGUCUUCUUCACCGUCUCCGGCACCGUCUCCGUCUCCGCUGUCGGCCUCGAAACCGAUUGGAGGACAGGAGGGGAUGAAGGAGGGGCAAGGACCACUCCAGCAGAAGCAGGGGUCUCAGGAGAGGACUUCGGGGACGGCAGGAAAUGUAGCAUUGGCCGGUGUUGGGAUCGAAUUGCCACCAGGCGGCGGUCAGGGUCAGUCUCAGGUCGCUGGCUCCGAGUUUAGCCGACUACAGCUGCUGAUCGGACAGCUUCAGCAGGUGUUGGGCGGUCGGCAGCUGGCGGCCGGGCAGGUGCAACAGCUACAGCAGCUGCAGCGGCUGCAGAUUGAUCAGAAGAGCGCGGCGGGUGAGUCAGAAGCAGACGCCACUGUCGGUAACGUGGUGUCUCCUAACGGCAGGGUGGCCGAGCGGGUCGGCGUGGCCCACUCGGACCGAAAAACGGCCGCCGGCGAGUUGGAGACGGUGUCGGCAGUGGAGCAGCCGAUAGAAAGCGGAGACGAUGGUGAAGAGACGGAAGGUGAAGAGGAGACAUCCCCGGCAGUCGAGAAGACCGUGGUUGGACCCGGCGACCAGCUGGUCUCAGUGAAACAGAAGGGUCCGAUCAAAGUGCAGUAUUAUGUCGGCCCGGCUCCGUCCCAGACGGCUGGGGCACGGGGAGGAAGUGGGAGUAAAGUGGGAGCCGGAGGAAGGAGCAAAGGACGGUGGAUGGUGAGGCCUGCCGCUCAGCCGGCCGUGGGGUCGGCGGCGGUUGGUGUGGACGCUGACACUAGCGGGGGUGGCGCUCCACCAGCGGCCGGAGCCGUGGUGCAGCUGCCGGGAUCGCCCCGGCUGACAGCGGCCGCCGGCACCGGUCCCGCCCCGGCCACCGGGCCCGUCCUCAGCUCCGCUCGCCCGGGCGCUCUGCCGGCCAUGCUGCUGAUGCGCUCUGGACGUCGACGCCGCCGACAGCGCCGUCACGCCCUUACGCCGGGGAGAACGUCAAAUCUAAAGUAUCCAACUGAUAAACCCAGCCACCUCGUUAAACUGGCAGCGAGCAGCCCAUCGGCUGUCAAAACGAACACUUUCAACUUUGCGUUACCUGUGGAGUCGAACACUUCUGUCUCUUACGUGUCAUCCCCAACUGAAGGGGAAGCGGUCGCAGAAGAUCUGGAUGAUCCCGAACUGGAUCCCCUGGAUCCUCCUUUGCCACCCGGAGUGCCCCCUCCGGAUCCACCGUUUCCUCCGGAGCGGUCGGCGGAGGCGGCUCGCUGGCGUCGGAUGGCCGUGGCUGAGAAAAAUCUCUCGUUUGGUCAGUAUCUGGUCCUCGCGAUAGUUGGAUUUGUUUCAGCCGGACUUGUCACUCUCGUUAUCGUUGUUGUAAAGGUGGUGUUUUUGGAGAGCUGGCACCCGGAAAAGUGGAGCCAGUGCUGCCCGCUUUUGCUUGAACUCUGAUGUAAAAUGACAAAAGUGUUUACGUUUUUUAACAUGCAAUAAUGUAUAGGUAUUGAUGACACUCUAUAAAAAAGCUGUUGUUAAUAUAGGUAUUCCCGAAUAUUUUAUUCAGUAAUUUUUAUGAGCAGACUUCGUACUUGUACUGACAAAUACAAUUUAGCUAUGGCAUGCU